CCAUUCUGUGUUCGUGUGACUUGUCUCCCCGGACUCAAACCACCUCAUGCACUUUAUGCAAAGUUCCCUUUUAAAGGUAAUGGAGUCAUUUAGUGUCCGUGAAAGAGCCCCAGUGGACGGAUAGUGCGGGUCAAGGCGAGGCAGUACACUACCGAAGCUGUCGAUCACAGGCUCAUUUCGGGAAGUAUUUAAUUACCGACCCGGCUUUUGUCUAAAAUCCCUUAGCCGAUCUACUGAGUGAGAAUUCGAGACAAAUUUGUCCCAUCCGGGCGAUUUCUGUAUCCGGCUGUACAAUACAGAGUUCAUGCCUGUAUGAACAUGCAGGGUGACGGGCAAUUUCCCCGUUCGCCGGGCUGACGGCGCCGUCGGUGAGAGAUAAGAAUCGCGGAAUCUGUGGUCACUAGUGUCAAGGCCUCGCAUCGAGGCAGCCACAAAUCCAAAAUAACAACGGAGGAAUCGGAACCGCAGGUCGAUGCGCCCUCAGCAGCAGCGAUGAAAGACAACUGAAGCGAACCGUAUUUCUAUCGAUGACCCCUGACUUGCUGACUGCUACCAGCAUUUUAAAUUUAGAAACUCCAGGGAACUAAUAUCACUGUCCCAGAGAACGCGAGAUAAAGGUACGCGGCAGUCCCAGCGGAUUGGAGGCAACAUACUAACUGCAGCAUCUGACGAUUGUGAGAGGUCGGCUGCCUCUGAAGGUACCGGGCCACAAAAGAAUAAAGAGAACAUUAUAAAAAGCCCUGAUGAAGGGUCUCACCCGAAAUGUCGACUGUUUCCAUCAUGGCGUGCUGAAGUGCUUGGAAUUAGGUGGAGGCUGGAGUUGUGUUUGCCAGAAGUCUACGUAUACUGCUCUUCCCAAUGACUAUAACUGUAAAGUUGAACUUGCAUUGACGUCAGAUGGACGGACAAUUGUUUGUUACCACCCGUCAGUGGACAUCCCAUACGAGCACACCAAGCCCAUCCCACGACCAUCCCCUGUGGAGAAUAAAGAGGAAACUCACGAACAGGUACUAAAGGCCAGAUUAGAAAAGGACGGGCUGCGAGAUAAACAGGGGCCUACAAUCGAAGAACUCAGCAAAAUGUUCUACACAACGAAACACCGUUGGUAUCCAAUUGGACAGUAUCACAAGCGAAGGAUUAAUCCCAGUCCACCAAAAGACAGAUGAAGCAGAUGACUCAGAUUCGGACUGAAGGCAGUGAUUUCACCACAAGUCAGUUCUGGUUACUGUUAUCUUGCUACAUUCUACUGUAAAGGAAAGAACUUUGAUUCAUUGCUGAUUUGUAAUCACUGUAUCUAUUUGGUGUUUUACAUUUACAUUGUUUAUGAAGCAUAUCUGUAUUUAAAAGUGAAGUCUUUCACAGUACGAGAAGUGUAAUGAUCUUGUUCAAUAGUUGAUGAUAAUUAUCUAUAAUUAUUGGAAAUACUUAAUACAAUAAAAUCUUAAAAUUGAA